GGUAAUUCUCGGCCAUUUCCGUGCGCGCUUCCACCACCAUUUUGUCGCCCCUGAAUGUUGUUGGCCGAAGAACCGCACAGAAGAUCACAUCCAUAGUGACAGUCUCCGGCAAUGGACGGCAUUGUCAGUGAUGUGACCGUUGGUGUAAAGAGAGGAUCAGAUGAGCUAAUGUCUAGCAGUCUAUAUAACAGUCCGACCUCGGGGCUGACCGGUAUUGUAACUGCCAAUGGCAAUGACAGCAAAAAAUUACGAGUGGAAGACAGAAUGGAUUGCCCCCCCUCCCGGGUAAUCCACAUUCGCAAAUUGCCCAAUGAAGUGUCGGAGACGGAAGUCAUUGCUCUUGGCUUGCCUUUUGGGAAAGUCACUAACAUCCUGACCCUCAAGGGAAAAAAUCAGGCUUUUUUGGAGCUUGGAACUGAAGAAGCAGCCAUGACCAUGGUGAACUACUACACUGCCGUAACGCCUCACGUCCGCAAUGUUCCUGUAUUUAUCCAGUACUCAAAUCACAAGGAGCUGAAGACGGACAACGCGGGAAACCAGCGCGCCCAGGCUGUCCUCCAAGCGGUCUCCGCUGUCCAGGCAGGGGGCGCUGCAACUCCAGCGGCGGCCUCCAGUGAAAAUGCACUGACCCCGGCUCCCAGCCCAGUGCUUAGAAUCAUCAUUGACAACAUGUUUUAUCCCGUCACUCUGGAUGUCCUUCAGCAGAUCUUCUCCAAGUUUGGAACAGUCAUGAAAAUCAUCACUUUCACCAAGAACAAUCAGUUCCAAGCCCUGCUACAAUUCAGUGACCCUGUGAAUGCACAGCAGGCCAAACUGGCCUUAGAUGGUCAGAAUAUCUAUAAUGCCUGCUGCACAUUGAGGAUUGACUUCUCCAAGUUGGUGAACCUCAACGUGAAGUAUAACAAUGACAAGAGUCGGGAUUACACUCGACCAGAGCUCCCCGCCGGAGAUGGGCAGCCCGCUGUGGACUCCUCCGUGGCUGCAACUUUUAACAAGGAUUCUUCAUCUUUACUUGGUACUCCAUCUGGGAUUGUAGCUCCUUAUACUAGUGGAGGAGGAUUUCCAUCUUCUCUUGGGUUUGCACAGGGUGGAGGGGCCCUGAGCCCGCUGAGCGCUGCGGCGGCAGCAGCGGUCGCUGCCGGCAGGGUGGCGUUGUCGGGGCACUCCAGCACCAACGGCGUGCUGCUGGUCAGCAAUCUCAACGAGGAGAUGGUUACGCCCCAAAGUCUGUUUACUCUCUUCGGUGUGUAUGGCGAUGCUCAGCGUGUGAAGAUACUUUACAAUAAGAAAGACAGUGCGCUCAUACAGAUGGCUGAUGGGAAUCAAGCCCAGCUUGCAAUGAGUCAUCUUAACGGGCAGAAGAUGUACGGUAAGAUCAUCCGGGUCACGCUGUCAAAGCAUCAGAUGGUACAGCUUCCCAGAGAAGGACUGGACGACCAGGGGCUCACAAAGGAUUUCACAAACUCCCCCUUGCAUCGUUUCAAGAAACCCGGUUCCAAGAACUUCCAGAACAUAUUUCCCCCAUCUGCUACUCUUCACCUGUCAAACAUCCCACAAGACGUAACAGAGGAUGACCUGCGGGUACUGUUCUCAAACUCCGGUGGCACUGUGAAAGCCUUCAAGUUUUUUCAGGACCGCAAAAUGGCCCUUCUGCAGAUGUCUACUGUUGAAGAAGCAAUUCAAGCCUUGAUUGACCUCCACAAUUAUAACAUGGGGGACAACCAUCACCUGCGUGUUUCCUUCUCAAAGUCGACCAUCUGAACGCGUUAGUGGAACUAUCUGUGUCUUCACGGUCUUCAGUGGUAAAGCCAGUUGACUUUUCAGACGUGGGACCACUGUUUUGACAAAUUCAAAAUUAACCAGUCAUUCCUUAAGAAACGAUGAAUUUGUUACAUGAAACUAAUUUGUAAGGAUGUUGUACUAGUAUGCUUUAAAGACAUUUCUACCCCUCUUAUUCCCAUUUCUUCCAUUUCAAGGAAGGUAGUUAAGUUUUAUAAUUGACGAGCUAUGUGCCUUACUUGAUAAAAAUUUAUCAACGCCUCCUUGUUUGUUUAUUUGCAUAAAUGCUUGAACUUGGCUGUCAAGGCACUUAUUCUCUGUCAAAUGGAUUUGUAAUUUUAAUUUUUUUCCCCUUUCCUCCUCACGUGUAUCUGUACAGCUUGAAAUUCUGCCUCUGAAGGUUUCUUAUCAUUUAUGGUGGACCUUACUUUUGAUCACUUUGUUUGUUGUUGUAGAGCAAGUGUUGGCACAGGAUUUGGAUUGAGCUGUGAAUUAUCUAUUAUAAAGGAUUGAUAAUUUUCUAGCAGAGUGGCUGUAUCAAAAGCGGCCAAAGAUAAAGCUGAAGCUCUAGUUUAAUUAAGCCUUUAUUAGUUCUUUGUUUUGUUUGUGCAUCACUUACUGUUAUGGUGUAUAGUACUAGUGCUGCUUGUGACUUGAAUAUACUUUAGAUGUUCUUUGAAAGCUCCUUAUGUGCAUUUAUAUUUUGUUUGGGUAUUUUUAAAAGGCUGCAGUUUCUGAGCAUGUACUGAGUGGUCUAGUUAGUUAUCAUUUAAACUGCUGUUGCAUGCAUUAAAAAGGCAAGAAAAAGGCUCUCAGAAGUGAUCUGGCAGUGCUGGCAUUACUUGGCAGUUUUUUCGAAAGGACAUCCUGGUAGGACCAAAGUUUAUGUGCCUUUAGUCUUAAUUUACAUUUCAUUGUACAAAAAAAAAUCUGAUUUAUUAAAUUUUUCAAAUGUUUUAUAUUUCAUAAAGAAAGAGUAACGCUUUAUAAAACACAGUGCAGAAUCAGCAGGAAAUGGUCAGGCGGUGACUUCAUGACCUCAGUUGUAUACAGAACUUAACGCAAGUGAUUCAAUACAUGAACUACCUGCCUAAGACAAACCUUGUCUACUCUUGCCAAUAGAAAAUGCAAAAAAAAAAACCUCUGUCUGCUUUGGGAAAAUGUCAUGUAUAUUUUAUAUUUUAUUUGGGUUUUUACAUCUUUAGAAAUGAAUGAUUCAUUUAUAGUUUGGAAAUGGCACAAUUAAAGGUGAAUUUUCUAACAA